CAUAAACAUAAACUGUACAGUCUAUAUAAACCCGUCACCCUCCUCAUAGACCCAGCCGCGUCGCGCCGCACAAGAGGUGAGGGCACGCGCACGGCGCAUAAGAGCUGGGGGUUGCCAAGUGUUCAUCCACAACCACAAACAUCACGAAUGGAUGCUCCCGCGGCGGCCGAGGGCUGCGGCAAGCACAUUGUGCUCGUCCACGGCGCGUGCCUGGGCGGCUGGUCCUGGUACAAGGUGGCCACCCUACUCCGCGCGGCGGGGUACCGCGUCGACGCGCCGGACAUGGCGGCGUCGGGCGCCGACCCGCGGCCGCUGCGGGAGGUGCCCACGUUCCGGGACUACACCAGGCCGCUGCUGGACCUCCUCGCGUCGCUGCCAGACGGGGACCGCGUCGUGCUUGUCGGCCACAGCCUCGGCGGCGUGAACGUCGCGCUGGCCGCCGAGACGUUCCCGGACAAGGUCUCCGCCGUGGUGUUCCUCUGCGCCUUCAUGCCGGACUGCACGGCGCGGCCGUCGCACGUGCUGGAAAAGUUCAUUGAGGGGAAGUGGCUGGACUGGAUGGACACGGAGAUGAAACCCCAGGACCAGGAUGGCGAGGGCAAGCUCCCCACCUCCAUGCUGUUCGGACCCCGGAUCAUCCGAGAAAAGUUCUUCCAGCUCUGCUCGCCCGAGGACCUGACGCUGUCGGCGUCUCUGAUGAGGGUGAGCUCCAUGUUCGUGGAGGACCUGGCGCUCCGGCAACCCUACAGCAAGGAAAGGUACGGCUCGGUGCGCAGGGUCUACGUCGUGUGCACGGAGGACUACGCCAUCGUGGAGGGGUUCCAGCGCUGGAUGGUGGAUAACAGCCCCGUGGACGAGGUGAAGGAGAUCGCGGCGGACCACGUCGUGAUGCUCUCCCGGCCCGACGAGCUGGUGCGCUGCCUCACUGACAUCGCCGACAAGUACGCUUGACGGCGCCGCUGUUCUAGCACGUGUGUGUGUGCUGCCUCUCGGUCGGUCGAGCUCGAGCCUCAGCAUGCAUGUCGAUCGCCGAUCGUGGUGUUUUUAAUUUGUUGCAUUCGGUUUGUUUUUUCCCUGCUGUUCUCGAAUCGGGAUGGACCAGAAUUCUCGCCGCGUGGUGUGAAUCUUGUAUAAUUAAUAAUGCUAUUGAGGCUUGCUAAUAAUCUGUGUUCGCCGGGGG